AUGGAGACAUUAGCCCAGCUGGAAGCAAUGUGCGAGAGGCUCUAUAACUCGCAGGAUUCUGUAGAGAGAGCACAUGCAGAAAGCACCCUGAAAUGCUUUUCCUUAAACAGUGACUACAUUUCACAGUGUCAAUUUGUUCUGGAUAAUGCAUCCUCUCCGUAUGCAUUGAUGUUGGCAAGUUCGAGCUUGUUGAAGCAAGUGACUGAGCAAAGCCUUCCUUUACAACUCCGGAUUGACAUUCGAAACUACCUCAUAAAUUAUCUGGCAAGCAAAGGACCAGAACUGGAGCCCUUUGUUCUAGGAUCUUUGAUCCAACUCUUUUGUCGUAUUACAAAGUUUGGCUGGCUUGAUGAUGACAAAUUCAGAGAGGUUGUUAAGGAAGCAAUGGACUUCUUGAGUCAGCUCAAGCUAGCCAGCAUUCUGUUAGGACAACUGGAUUAUCCAUAUUUUGGUCAACCACUGCAAGUAGAUUUGUUGCACUUGCAUCCUUGGUGUCAAGCUUUGAUGCCAACUUCAUCUUAUCCAGCAACUAAAAGCAAACUUCAUCUUAUCCAGCAACUAAUGAUGCUCCAGCUGCUUCUCGGGCAACUGCAAAUUCCAUGUCAGUCUAAUGGAUUUCCACCUGGACCUUCUGUCAUGGUUGCUUUUCAACAACACAAAACUUCUGUUGCCAAUGCGCAACAUCAUUAUGGUAUAGGUUUGAAGAUAUUGAAUCAGCUAGUUUCUGAGAUAAAUCAGCACAAUCCUGGAUUACCUGCUACUCGUCAACGUAGGAUAGCAAGCUCUUUUAGGGAUCACUCACUUUUUCAGAUAUUCCAGAUUUCAUUAACUUCUCUGUUCCAGUUAAAAUCUGAUGUUGGGAGCAAGUUGCAGGAACUUUCUCUUAUGCUUUCCCUCAGUUGUUUAUCGUUUGAUUUUAUGGGGACAUCAUAUGAUGAAAGUUCAGAUGAAAUUGGUACUGUUCAGGUUCCAUCGGGAUGGAAGCCUACCCUAGAGGAUUCCUCAACACUGCAAAUAUUUUUUGAUUAUUAUGCAAUGAAUCAAAUGUUUUCGAAAGAGGUUUUAGUGGAGCAAAAGGCUUUGGAGUGCUUGUUACGUCUUGCUUCUACUAGACGUUCAUUGUUCCCCAAUGAUGCUGCUCGAAUGAAGUUCUUGUCGCACUUGAUGCAGGGCACCAAGGAAAUUCUGCAAACUGGAAUAGGUCUUGCUGAUCAUGAUAAUUAUCAUGCCUUUUGUCGUCUUCUUGGCCGCUUUAAACUAAACUAUCAGUUAUCAGAACUUGUAAAUGCUGAAGGCUAUAGUGAAUGGAUACGCUCAGUAGCAGAGUUUACAUUAAAAUCUUUGCAUUCAUGGAAGAGUGGGUUCGAGCCUGCUAUGCUCUCUCCCUUCCUGAGCUGUCAUGAAGUACUGGCCUUGUCAGGCAUGAGUGUCAUGAGCCACACACCUGUCACUGUAUCAGUUUUCUUAUCAGUGACAUCUGUGCGGUAUCUCAAGGGUGACAAACCUAACCUGUUAGAUGAAUAUGUACCUAAAGUUAUAGAAGGGUUUGUAUCAUCAAGAUUUGAUUCAUUGCAGUCUGAACUAUCAGAUGAACUUGGUGAAAAUCCUCUAGACAAUGUUGAAGUUCUUCAAGAUCAGCUUGAAUUUUUUCCUUUCCUCUGUAGAUUCCAGAAGGAAGCAAAUCUCCAAAGCCAUGUGGAUAGUUUUGAACUCUCUGUAACAGAAACCAAACUGGCUUGGUUCACACACAUAGUUGCUGCAAUUCUGAGAACAAAGCAGAUUUCUGAUUCUAGCAGUGGAGAAUCACAUGAAGUACUUGAUGCAGAGAUUUCAGCAUGUGUUCUGCAGUUGAUUAAUAUUUCUGAUAGUGGGUUUCACAGUAAGAGGUAUGAAGAUGUGAGCAAGCAAAGACUUGAUCGUGCUAUACUAACUUUCUUUCAACAUCUUAGAAGGUGUUAUAUUGGUGACGGGACUGUUUUUUCAUCUAAGCAGUUAUAUACCCGCCUUUCGGAACUGCUUGGGCUCCAUGAUAAUCUACUACUACUACAUGUUAUUGUGGGAAAGAUGAUUACUAACCUUAAAUGCUACACAAAGUGCAAAGAGGUUAUUGAUCAUACCUUAAAUCUCUUUCUGGAAAUGACUUCUGGUUACAUGUCGGGAAAGCUGCUUCUUAAACUGGAUACUGUUAAACUCAUGAUUUCGAACAAGAAUGUGAGCUGUCUUUAA